GAAGUCUCAAAGGCUGCGAAGAGAGCGAGAGGCUCGCGGGCGGAGAGGAGCUGCGCCACGUCCGUGAAGCUGCAGCAACUACCUCCGCGACGAUCCCGCUUCUCAAACCAGCCUGGCUUCUCGGAAACAACCUUUUAUCCUUCAAACUGGGACGGAGGCUGUACACUGAGAGGGGAGAAGAGGAGCAGAGGGCAGGGGGAUCCUGAGAAAAGGGGACUAUUGGAUCUCUGACCUCUUCAUCAGAAAGGGAGGAUCGGCUCGUAGAUAUCCCUGAAGAAAAGAAAAACAAAAAGUGGCAGCAGGGAAGCUUUUUUUCCUUUCUGUCUUCCUUCUCAGCAUCGAUUGGGAAGGAGAUCAAUCUUGGGUUCUUCUCUUCUCUUCUUUUUUUUUUUUUUCUUUUUUUUUUGCUUCGGGGACAAGGAAGGAAAGAAAGAACUGGUUUGGCUAGAAGGGAAAAGAGAUGGAAAGUCCCAGAGAGAGAGCACAGAACUUUUGACAAGUUGUAAAUUCAAAAGAAAAAGAGAGAAAGAGGAGGAGGAGGAGGACUGGCAGUCUGCAAGAGAAGAAGGAAGCAAAGCAAAGCAAAGCGGGUGUUUGGUGGGUUUAGGCUGUCCUCUCCACCUCUCCAAAAAAAAGGCACAUUUCCCUUGGUUUGCCUUCUGGCCAUGUGGACUUGGGCCUUCCCUCCCCAUUGGGAUCUCCAUCCUCUCCGCCUUGGCUCUCCGAACUGACCUUUGGUGGCCUUUGGACCAGGAGAGGCAAGAAAAGCCAAAGAACUUCAAACAUCAAGGCCAGUUUUUCCUGUCCAGCCAUGUCUUUGGAGGCGACGGCUUUGUCCCAGCCCAACAUGACGGCCGCUUCGGGAGCCGAGACCAGCAAGGCCCUGACUAUCCCAACGGUGAUGUUCAUCUUUGGUGUGGUGGGCAACCUGAUUGCUAUCGUGGUCCUCUGCAAGUCCCGCAAGGAGCAGAAGGAGACCACCUUCUACACCUUGGUCUGUGGCCUGGCGGUCACCGACCUGCUGGGCACCUGCCUGGUGAGCCCCGUCACCAUCGCCACCUACCUGAAGAACGAGUGGCCCGGCGGGCAGCCCCUUUGCGAGUACAGCACCUUCAUCCUCCUCUUCUUCGGCCUCUCCGGCCUGAGCAUCAUCUGCGCUAUGUCCAUCGAGCGCUACCUGGCCAUCAACCAUGCCUACUUCUACAGCCACUAUGUGGACAAGAAGCUGGCCGCCCUCACUCUCUUUGCCAUCUACGUCUCCAACGUCCUCUUCUGCGCCUUGCCCAGCAUGGGCCUGGGCAGCACCAAGCUCCAGUACCCAGAGACCUGGUGCUUCAUCGACUGGAGGACCAACGUCUCCACCCACGCGGCCUAUUCCUACAUGUAUGCCGGCUUCAGCUCCUUCCUCAUCCUGGUCACAGUGGUCUCCAACGUCUUGGUCUGCAUGGCCUUGAUCCGGAUGCACCGCCAGUUCAUGCGCCGCACCUCCCUGGGCACCGACCACACAGCCGCCGGCCGCCUCUCGGACUUUCGGCGCCGGAGAAGUUUCCGCCGCAUGGCCGGGGCAGAGAUCCAGAUGGUCAUCUUGCUCAUUGCCACCUCCUUGGUGGUCCUCAUCUGCUCCAUCCCACUCGUGGUGCGUGUGUUUGUGAACCAGCUGUACCAGCCGCCGUUAGUGGAGGACAUUCAACAAAACCCUGACCUACAGGCCAUCCGCAUAGCCUCAGUGAACCCGAUCCUUGAUCCCUGGGUCUACAUUCUGCUUCGCAAGACUGUGCUGAGCAAAGCCAUCGAGAAGGUCAAGUGUCUUUUCUGCCGUAUUGGAGGGGCCCGUCGGCAACACUCAGGAAGCAAUUUCAACUGUGCCGAUGGACGCAGGGCCUCCUCUGCCACCACCAGCCACUCUCCCUCCUUCAUCUCUCGAGAGUUGAGGGAGAUCAGCAGCACUUCACAAACGCUUCUGUACCCCUUGGAGCCAAGCGAAGGGGCUGUCGGGGACCGUAUGCUGUUGCCUGGUGCCAGCAGCAACCUGGCUCAGUCCGAUACCACAUCUGUAAGGACAUUGAGGAGUUCAAAUACUUCUGAGUCUUCACAGGGACAGGAUGGUGAGAGUGUAUUUUUGGUGAAUGAACUCAGGCCUGUCAGUGGGGUGAACCCCACUCCAAAGGGCAAUUCUCUUCAGGUCACCUUCCCUUGUGAGACACUGAACUUGUCAGAAAAGUGUAUAUAAACAUGGAAGGAAUUAUGUGCAAGGUGGUCCUUCAGAAGACCAUCCCAGAUAAACUGGUAUAAGAAGACAGAUCAAAUGCACAUCUUUUUGCUGUCUGGUCUGUUGCAAUCUGUCGUGACUCAGGCACAACCAAGACGUAUCUGGUUUAUCACUUUCCCAGUCCAGUGGGAUCAAGUAGCCAUUCAGAACAAAGUGGAAAUGGGCACCUAGAGACCAUUCAGACACAAAAUGACAGCCAUCAGAGGUGGAAGCUAAGCAACCUGACUUCCUGGCUGCUACAUCUUUAGGCACUAGAUGUGCUUUUGGGGUGGAAGAAGGAGGUUGCUGCUGUGUCUUGGUAUUUUUCUUAUUAUAGGAUAAGCACAUUUUUUUGCAGGAGAUUAAGGAUCACCUCCACUCUAUGGACUUGUUUUCUGCCCUGAGAUCCUGCUAAUGUAACAGAUGAAUGUAGUGGUGUCAGAAGCAUAGGCUGCUGCUCGUGCCUUGUCUUGCCUUGUGACAUAGGACUCUUCUUCAGGGUUGCAAAGAGAUUGUCAUUUCCCCCCAUUCACAUAGGAUUGAAGCAUACUUAUCCUUUAUCCCUUUCCCCUCCCUUAUUAUGGAAUAAGGUUGAGAUCAAAUUAAUUAAAAGAUAGCUGCUGGUAGCUGUGCAAAACUGCUCCAGCUGAUAAAAAAGUGAAAAUCUCUCCACUGGUGUGAAAAAAUGUGAACUUUUUUUUCCCUCUGGCUGUAAAUAUAUAUAAGUAUCAUGACUGAAUGUAUUUAAAGAUUCUAUAUUCUUCUCUGUGAGAAGGUUCAUUAUUAAUACAAAGUAUGUUGGAAAAUAAUGUUGCUAGCCCUCUUUACCUCCAAAUGACUUCUGUUAGAUAGUUUUACAUUAGAUUUAUUUUUGAAAGAUGCAAGCUCAGUGCUCCAAAGCAGAGCUAAAUCAUAGGACAAAAAUGGAGGCGGUUGGGAUUAAAUGGAAAUAUAUUGUAAUAACAUUGGGGGAAAUAAAAGCUUUUUGUUUUUCAA